AGAAUGAAUUGACUAAUAGUAGUAUUACGCAGGGUGUCGACACAAUGGUGCUCAUUCUCUUAUUUUACAAGCUCCAAAGUCCAUCUCCUCUCUCUUUUUUCUUUACAAAUAAUGUCGACAUCCACAUCUUCCUCUAUCUGCUUCUUCCAUUUCUCAUCAUCUACUAUUUCCGCUUCCCUUCUUUUCAAUAUCCACAGUUUCCUUUUGGAUGAUAUAAUAAAGAAAACGGUUUUUCAAGAAUUAUUAUUACAAUAUAUUCUCACCACUUUCGCGUUAGAUAAAAACCCCUCUGCUAUAUAUAUAAUUAUUAGAUGUAGAGAGAUUUGUGUUUGUGGAUUUGCUUUUCUCUGUUUGUGUAAGCUUAUUUGUUUUACGUGAUUGAAAAAAAAAAAGAAGAGAAAGAUAAAUUCCCUCUCUUUCGCACAAAUCCAUGUCAUUCAUUGAGGAUCUUGUGCCAUUCUUUUUCAUGGACCAUAUUAGAGAAAAGACUGGGGCUUUCUCAGAUACCAUUAUGCUGAAACUUGCUCAAUCUAUUUCAAAUAGUGCCUGUGGCAGUGCUGUUGAAGAGAUGGAAGGACGCCAAGAUAACUCUGCUGCUCUCACCCUUAAAAUGGUGGCUAUCUCUGCCAUCCUGAUAGCUGGUGUUUGUGGAGUUGGCAUCCCAUUAAUUGGCAAGAAGCACCGGUUCCUUCGAACUGACUCUAACCUGUUUUUUACUGCUAAAGCCUUCGCUGCUGGUGUCAUCCUUGCCACAGGCUUUGUACACAUGUUACCAGGUGCUACGUCGUCGUUAACUAACCCUUGUCUUCCGAAAUCUCCGUGGACGAAAUUCCCUUUUGCUGGUUUUAUUGCCAUGAUGGCUGCAUUGGCUACCUUAGUGGUUGACUUUGUUGGGACUCAGUAUUAUGAAAGGAAACAAGAGAAACAAAACCAAAAAGAUCAGACUGAUUCAGGAGACUUGGUGUCAGAAUCAGCUAUUGUACCAGUUGAUCCAAAGCCAAGGAAUGAGAAAUUGUUUGGUGAAGAAGAAGGUGGUGCAAUACACAUUGUGGGGAUCCAUGCACAUGCAGCUCAUCACAGACAUAACCAUUCACAAGAACACGGGGACGUGAGGGAGCAUUCCCACGCCCAUGGUCAUUCGCACUCGCAUAGCUUCGGUGGUGGGGAUGAGGAAGGUGGAGUGAGGCAUGUUGUUGUUUCUCAGCAGGUCUUGGAGCUUGGGAUUGUAUCACAUUCUAUCAUAAUAGGCAUAUCAUUGGGCGUUUCAGAAAGUCCAUGCACAAUAAGACCCUUGCUCAUUGCAUUGUCGUUCCACCAGUUCUUCGAAGGUUUUGCAUUAGGAGGUUGCAUCUCACAGGCGCAGUUCAAUUCACUCCGUUCUACUGUAAUGGCAACAUUUUUUGCCAUAACAACCCCCUUGGGAAUUGCAAUAGGGGUUGGAGCUGCUUCAUCUUACGACCCACACAGCCCAAGAGCUUUAGUGGUUGAAGGUAUCCUUAACUCUAUAUCUGCUGGAAUUCUAGUCUACAUGGCUUUAGUAGAUCUUAUUGCUGCAGAUUUCUUGAGUAAGAGAAUGAGCUGCAAUACCAGGCUUCAAGUGGUUUCUUAUUUUGCACUAUUCUUAGGGGCUGGCCUCAUGUCCCUUCUUGCAAUAUGGGCAUGAAUGAUGUUACAUUUAUUAUAUGCAUGUAAUUUUUUUGUUUUUGUAUCUUAUUGUUAUUCUCAUAAAAUCAGCCAAGCAAGCCAUUAUUUACAUUUGUUUCCGUCAUUUUACUUCUUGAUUACUUCUUGAAGGGUGUUUAUGUAGUAAGUGUGCACCCUUGUAGAGUAGGGUUUAAAGAUGAGUUGCGGAAAAAAGAAACAGAAGAGAAUAUUGCUAUUUGGUCAUGCAAUCAAAAAAUUUAAUGUUCUUUCCA